AUGAUGAAGCGGAAUAUAUAUGGGCCGGGCUCACACUCCACAUCGGAAGAUCGUGGCUGGAGGCUGGAACAGUAUGCAGUGAGGCAACGCCGGCCGAUUGAAAAAGGUAAAGGGCGAACACGUCACUCGUUAAUCAGCUGGAGUUGGAGCUUCGUGAGGAAAGGAAUAGAGCAGGGUUUUCCAACUCUCCGUGGAAGCGUCUUGAACUGUCUGCAAAUUUACAGAGAAGAAAAUUUUGUGAGUGAGCGCUGGGCUACAAUCUGGGAUUAUAUUAAUAUUUGCCGGGGUGUUUGGGUGAACAAUACUACCCCCAUUCGUAACAUUCUCGAGAUCGACGGGGCUUCCUACCACCCCGAUUUGAUGCCCAUGUCUGUACUUGCUCAUGUAAUUCGAACAAUCACGAACAAGCGCGGGUUCUCUAUGGACGAGUCACCAUAUUGGAAGAGGGUCCCCAUCGGGGGCCUCAAGCAUCGGGGACGGUACGAAGACGAGUAA